UGGGGAUAGGCUGGCGGGGCGCGAUCUUCUUCCUGUUUGGCUUGGUUUCCUCUGGCGAGGAGGAGCCAGUUCCACUUGCCCGGUGUGUUGGUGGUGGGGCGGGCUGCGGUAAUGCCUUGUUGCAUGGCGAAUAGUUUGGGACUUGCUGCGCGAGCCAAGAGAUGAAAGGCAGGCAGGCGGAGGAGGAGCCGGCUACCGUCGUGGGUUCCUCGCCGCUGCUUAAGCUGCUUUCCGCCCUCUUCUACGGAACCUGCUCCUUCUUGAUCGUCCUGGUCAACAAGGCGGUGCUGACUGCUUACAGGUUUCCAUCUCCAGUGUUUCUUGGAGUUGGACAGAUGGUCACCACUAUUCUGAUAUUAUAUGUGUCAAAAUUAAGUAAAAUAAUUCACUUCCCUGAUUUUGACAAAAGUAUCCCUAAGAAGUUGUUUCCCCUUCCUUUGAUUUAUGUUGGAAAUCAUAUAAGUGGAUUAUCAAGCACAAGCAAGCUAAGUUUGCCAAUGUUUACAGUCCUUAGAAAGUUUACCAUUCCACUUACAUUACUGUUGGAAGUCAUUGUACUUGGGAAGCACUAUUCAUUGAGCAUUAUAACCAGUGUGUUUGCAAUCAUUCUUGGGGCAUUCAUAGCUGCUGGAUCAGAUCUAGCUUUCAGCCUGGAAGGCUAUGCUUUUGUGUUGCUGAAUGAUGUCUUCACAGCAGCAAAUGGUGUUUACACAAAACAAAAAAUUGAUCCCAAGGAGCUGGGAAAAUAUGGAGUCAUUUUUUAUAAUGCCUGUUUUAUGGUGAUUCCUACAGUGCUGAUAAGCAUCUUCACUGGAGACUUCCAGCAGGCCACAGAUUUCAAGCAGUGGACAAAUGUUUUAUUUAUCUUUCAAUUUCUUCUGUCCUGCAUACUGGGGUUCCUUCUGAUGUAUUCUACAGUCCUCUGCAGCUAUUACAAUUCUGCUCUUACAACCACGGUGGUUGGUGCUAUAAAGAACGUGUCCAUUGCCUAUAUCGGAAUGCUGAUUGGUGGAGACUAUAUCUUUUCUGUGUUGAACUUCAUAGGGCUCAAUAUCUGCAUGGCAGGAGGGCUGAGAUAUUCAUUUCUGACAAUACGGGGCCAAGACCCCCCUAAACGCCCCACAGAUGAAGAAGAAGCAAUGCCAAAUGUCAAGAGCUAGGAGAAGCAACUGGCAUGAAAAGCUGUAAGGAGGCCAGCUCUUGUAGAAAUCAGAUAAGCACAAGCAGGAAUGGGUGCAGAAUGCCAAUUCUACCUUGCCUAACAUUGCAGCCCAAUCCAUCACCGUCCAAGUCAUUUUCUUGGGCAGAAUGUGAGUUCUGUGGCAAGCAGUAAGCUGCAGGUGUAUCUGAUUCUCAUUUACCAUGACUAAUUGCAGUUGAUUUUGCACUCUCCUCAAAACCAGUGGCAGGGUUUGUUGAUUUAUUGCACUGUCUUGCCUGUGCCCAUGGACACCAGGGUAAAAAGCUAGCUUAAACUUUGACCAUGAUUUACUAGCUCUGGAGUGGUCAUACAGACUGCAAACCAGUGGUGAGGACUUCUCUUUUACAUAUGUGGGCACUGCCAAAGUACGAAGGGGUUUCCCCAUGGCUGUUUUGAGCUCUGGUUUCAGAGCUUUAGCGGUCUGGGUAGGUAGUUUGAUCUGUAAGCCAGCUGAUGGGUGAAUGGUCCUGUCUUAUGCUAGGAGAUUGCACUGGAUGGGCGUAUGACUCUGUCCAGUUCAAUGAUACUACCAGUGGAAGUGCAGGAAGUGUCCUUUGGGAUAGUAGCUGGUGCUACUGGGAAGAUAACACAGUCUGUUAUGAUCUCAUGAAUGUCCUCAUCAGCCUCAAGGGUACACAGGGUUCCAGUGUGAUCUGCAGCCACCUGAUGCAUGUGCACUGUUUAGGGAUCAUAUGUAGUCAGUGAGUGCAUCUGAUACCAAAUCUAUGCUGUGCUUGUGUGCCUUAAGUGAGGACUGUAGGCUUGCACUCAGUAGCUUGGAUCCUGACUUUUGUGAAUGGAGUUCCGUUCACAGAAAAGAGCUUUCCUAGUUCACCCUGUAGCCCCUGCCCCACCCCAUAAAAAGCCAGGGAUGGGAAACCCUUUAAAAUGGAAUGGAAUGGACUGCAGUGGUGACAUGACAGGGGGGACCUCCCACUGGCAUGAGAAAAAGUGCCUUCUGCUUGUAAUAGCACCACCUUCGGAUCCAAGCCAGCAUACUUGCAUCAGGGUUUACUGUGCUAAUCCCAUUCGUGUAAUCCUCCCAGUAGGGAUAUGCAGAAAUGUUCUGCAGUUGGAACAGGCCGUUUCAAAUAUUCUGAGCUCAGAACAGAAUGCCCUUCAAAUGAAGAGUCUGUUCUGAGCUCAGAACGGAAUGACCUCCUUCUGAGUCGGAACGUUUUGAGUGCCAUUUUGGAAUCCAAAGUGGUGCUCUUCCAGCCUCUGCACAUGUGCAGCAGCCAUUUGGAAAUGGCACCACCAUGGAAAUGGCAGUUGCAUGUGUACAGAGGCCAGAAGAGUCAGAACAUUCCGACUCAGAACGUGGUUGUUCCAUCGGAAUAACCAGCUCAAUUGGUUGUUCUUACAGAAAGUCCUGGGGAUUCUGUGCACAUUCCUAGACUUCAUUGAUAUCAAAACCUGCUUCCAUAACUUUUCCUGUGCUGCCACAGAUGGGUCAUUCAGGUUUAUAGAGGAGAAAGCAGGGAAUAGCCAAUAGCAUGCAGAGUGUUGUGAAAGAGGCCGGGUAGUACUGAGUUCCUGAAGUACAUCUUCAAACACGUUUCUUCUUUAAAGUUAUAAUGAUGGUUGGAACACACCAGUGCUGAAUAUUCAUGACCUUGAAAUGAGGCUAGUACAGUUGCCUUCUAGUUUGUCAAGGAUAACAUGAAAAUGGCAAAAAAACGGGAUGCAUGCCAAAUGGACGGAUUUGGGAUAGAAAAAACACUGUGCAAGGUGGAGACCAUGAAAAUGCUAUUAAUAGCAAAAAACGCUGCAAAAUUGGCCAGACUAGCACUGCUAUAACUGCAAAAAUAGCCAAGGAACUGAAUGGAGGGGGGAAAAGGCAAGACACUUGUAUCCUUGAACCAAAUUCAAUAUGCUAUAUUAUAAAUGAGGGUAAUAAACCCGUAUCAAACACAAGUGUAGAGAACUAGUCUAGAGGAUAACAUGAAGGCUCAAACUCAGUCUAGUCACUUGGGUUUUGCUUAAGCUCUGUAUUCUGGUGAAGACCCACUAGUGCAAGAUAUUGAGCUAGGAGAUCUGCCUGCAAGGCAGAAAGGAGAUAAGGCCCUCAAGCCCUCUGAUGCUAUAUGUGUGUACAGGUUUGUGUACACUCAUCCAUGUUUUUGUGUGAAUAGGUGUAUCUGCAUUCAUUUUAAAAGUGAACCUGGGUACUGGCUCCAGAUGGAAGUGUUUGACUCUACAUCCGUUGAACAUAAUGCAUGAAUAAUUCUAUGUGCAUUCAGAUCUGUACGUGUGUAUAUUGUACCUUGAUUGUACGUGUGUUGGACAUAAAGCAUGAAUAGGGCUUGAAUCUUCCAGCAUGGGUAUGCGUUCUGGAACUCAGAACAGUACAGUUGCAAUUGUGAGUGUCCUGGAAGAUGUGCUUGGGGAUUGGCCUUCUGCAAGGCUGCAGCUUACCUUUGACCCAUGUUGUGAGCUGGCUUCUCUAUCUAGGCUGGGUGCCAAAGUGCCCCAGGCCCCCACACGUCGAGCUUGUGCACACGACCUCCGGCAGCCACUGCUAAGAGCUGCGGGGGAGUCAGAAACCCGCCUGCUUUCCCUGGCAGAUGAACAGCAGCUGGCCUCUCCUCUGCCAUGCCGUGCACCCACACAAGCAGUGGCAUGGCGAAGGCAAGAGCUGGGGGUGGGAGGGCUUCCUGCAUCCCAGAAUGCCACGUGGCACGGGCACAGCAGCUGCUCUCAUCAGAGCAUCUACCACACUCGGCAUGGCCACUCCUUCAUCUCAGCUCACUGCCAAAAAUGGCAGCAGGCUUGGGGUGGGGGGGGGAGCCUUUAAACAAAAGGCAGGUUCACUUAACCUCGGCUAAACACUAGGUUAAAAAGUCAGGCUACCAGGGACAGAAGCCCAGCGCUCUGCAUGAGCAGCCCAAACCAGGCUGGGCUGCCUUCGCCUGGCUUGGGCUGCCUGUGUGAAUAGCCUCUUAGAACUCUUAAUAAUUUAGACCUCUUAUACCUAAGAGGUCUGCUGAUCCCACCGCCACCUCAGCCCUUCACAAUGUAUAGGAGGCCUCUGGACUCUUAUGGCAGGCUUUGAACAGAGGAAGUGGGACCUAAGAGCCUGUGUGGAAAGGAGAUCCUGAGAAGCCCCAGAGCUCAUGUGGCCCUCUGGAUCGAGGCGUAAUCAAAUCCCAUCUAGUUUAUAGCAGCUUAGCUAACUCUAUAAAAAUAUGUGUGCUGGAUGAAGCUAAAGCCCCUAAUUACAUGGUGCAGGACUACGUAGUUGCUGCUGCCCUCUCCUCCGGCCUUUCCCUUGUUUAAUAUCCUGACAUGCUCACAAACAGUGGUGAGAACAAGUCAGGAUUUGCUAGGUUAGGGUGUCACAACAAAUCCCAGCUUGUUUGAAACCACAAAGAUUGUGAGCCAGGGGUGUAACUACAAUUGAAUGAACUGUGGGGAGGGUCCCCCUGCUGCUUAGGAUGCAGCUUGAUUUUUGCUCUCUCCCUCACGCCUCUCUGAUGAAAGCAGUGGAGAUGGGGACAGGGGCACAUCUUCACUUUUUGUCCCUAGACCCACUCCAAGCUUUCUGCGCCCAUGUUGUGAGCCCUUUGGGACAGGAAGCCAUCUUUUCAUUUUAUUUAUGGUGUAAACCCUUUUGAGAAGCAGUAUAUAAAUAUUCAUUGCCAUCUAUUGUCAUCAAAUGCACAUUGAAAACUUCUUCCUUUUGCACAAGUUCCUUCCCUCCUUCCCACUUCAGGGAUUCCCAUGCUCAGAACUGUAAGAUGUUCCCCUCAGGGGAAGGAGCAGCUCUGGGAAGAGCAAAGAUUCCUGCUUGCAACCUUGGAGAAGCCGCUGCCAGUCUGUGAAGACAAUACUGAGCUAGAUAGACCAAUGGUCUGACUCAGUAUAUGGCAGCUUCCUAUAUUCCUAACUGAUGCACUCAGACAAAUAGUGGAGCACAACACUACAGUUUUGUUUUGUCCCAGUUUCACCCUUUUAGCUAGCUGCGAUUUCAUAUCAGUAGAAGCUGUUCCGUCAAUCUUGUUUUCUUAUGAAGAUUAUUUUCCAGCUAAGCUCAUAACAGCAAAAAAAUAAAAUAAAAUGGUUUUGUGUUGCCCAUCAAAGGAUACUUUGUUUCAUUUUUUUAAAAUGGCAGAAGUCCUAUAGAUUUCAUAGGCUGUGGACCAAAUCUCUCUGCAAUAAUUAUUACUGUUCAGCAGCUACACCCAGCAGAUUGUUUAUGAUUCAUUCCUUGGUGAAGGAAAAUUGCAGGUUGCUUCCAGAUUUUCCUGUUCUAGUGGAAAUUGAAUUGAAGUAGAAAACACAAUUCCUGUUAAUUUCCAUGAACAUAAGACUUUUGUAAGGGCUAUGGACUGCAGAAAGAUGUUGUAGAGGAUGUAGGAAAAAUGUAAGAUGAGUAGGCAGUGCCUACUCAUGGUUUGUGUUUAGUGUGCGAAGGAAAAAUAGAAAACACUGUGUGCUGGAAUUUGUGAUAAAUACAUGCUGCCUUCAGAUGCACAUUCUUUGCACAUGGAUAGCACAGUUGGGUCUAUGCUAGUAAUUGUAUAUCUUAGUGCGUCAUUACAAAUGACUCAACCAAAGGAAAUAUCUUUAUCUUCUCACAUUUGGAUCAAUCCUGAAAAAGUUGUUCUUGCUGUUUUAUUUAAUUCCCCUGCCUCUUGCAAAACUCUAAAUCUGGAGCUCCAAGUAAGUAACAAUCUACAAAAAGUCAAAGACUCUGAAGUGGUUUCCAUUAAUCUGUAUAUGACAAUCCAGUCUUCAAAAUUUUGGUGUAAACUUCCCACAGAACUGAGGCAUUCCUUAAUAUAAAAACACCUAGCCAUCCAAUUCUGUAUUGUGUGAUCAGGAAUAUGACAUGCUUUAAAAAAAAAAAUUCAAAGAAAUAAGAUUGAUUCUGUUUCAACUUGUUCAUGUAUGUAAUUAAAAUGUUGCUAUUC